UUGUUAGCUGUGUGUAGAUUGCACAACAACUUGUUAAAUAUUAAAAGGACGUAAUCACCACCUCUGUCUGCGCCUCUCUCCUCUGCCCCCCAAACAACUAUUGUUUGUUUUUGAACAAAACUGCCCUUAUUCCCUUCUAUUGGAAGUGUCCUCUCUUUUUCUCUCUCCUUCUCUGGUCAUUAUUAGAUCUCAGACAAUUGGUUAAUUUGUAACUCCUGAAGUUAGAGAGCUUUUAAAAAGUUAUCUGAGCCGCUUUCUACAGAGAGGCUACCGGUGACUGUAAACAUGUCCAAGCUAGUGGAAUGUGUCCCAAAUUUCUCAGAAGGAAGAAACAAAGAGGUUAUUGAUGCGCUAGCAGCAGCUAUUUCUCAGACGGAGGGCUGUCGGCUGCUGGAUGUUGACCCAGGAGCAUCCACUAACCGCACAGUGUAUACCUUUGUGGGUACCCCAGAGGCAGUUGUUGAUGGGGCCCUGAAUGCAGCUCGUGUUGCCUUUAAGAUGAUUGACAUGAGCAAACACAAAGGUGAGCACCCCCGUAUGGGGGCUCUGGAUGUAUGUCCUUUUAUUCCGGUCAGGAAUGUGACAAUGGAAGACUGUGUUUCAUGUGCAAACCUCUUUGCAGAGAGACUGGCGAAUGAACUGCAUGUUCCAGUGUAUCUGUAUGGGGAGGCGGCUCGCAGCGAAAGUCGAAGAUCUCUGCCAGCAGUAAGGGCCGGGGAGUAUGAAGCACUGCCUACCAAGCUGCAAAAUCCAGAAUGGAAUCCAGAUUUCGGGGAACCAGUCUUUGUUUCAAGUUGGGGGGCAACUGUAAGUGGAGCCCGCAAAUUUCUUAUCGCAUACAAUAUAAACAUACUGAGUACCAAAGAACUGGCUCAUCGCAUUGCCCUGAACAUCCGGGAAGGUGGACGUGGGAAAGGACAGCCUGGACGUCUCAAAAAAGUACAGGCCAUUGGCUGGUUUCUCAAGGAAGAGAACUUGGCGCAAAUAUCUGCAAACCUACUGGAUUAUGAGAUCACUCCGCUGCAUGUCGUGUAUGAGGAAUCGUGCAAAGAUGCCAAGGAACUAAACCUCCCGGUUAUUGGUUCACAACUGGUGGGACUGAUUCCUCUUCAAGCUCUAUUGACUUGUGCAGAGUAUUAUGUCAGGAAGGAAAACCUGUUCAUACUGGAAGAAGAACACAAAAUCAGACUGGUAACUAACAGGCUUGGAUUGGACUCUCUGGCUCCCUUUGAACCUCGCAAAAGAGUCAUUGAGUAUCUCGUCCAAGAUGACUUGUCUGGGACCCUUGUCACACAGACCCUGAGAGGGUUUGUGCACAGUGUGAGAGCACGAAGUGCUACCCCUGGUGGAGGCUCCGUCUCUGCUGCACUAUCUGCAAUGGGGGCAGCGCUGGGCUGUAUGGUGGGGCAGAUGACCUACGGGAAACGUCAGUUUGAAUAUGUAGACUGUAUAAUGAGAGAAUUGAUUCCUCAUUUCCAUCAUGCAGUGGAUCAUUUGCUGGACAUUGUGGAUGCAGAUUCUAAUGCAUUUGGAAGCUAUAUGACUGCUCUGAAGCUCCCCAAGAACACAGAAGAUGAGCAACACAAGCGUUCUGCGGCCCUACAAGAUGGCCUGAAGGAAGCUGUGGCUGUGCCGCUAAGUCUGGCUGAGAAAAUCAGUACUUUGUGGGAGCCUCUGAUGGAGCUCAGGGAUACCUGCAACCCUGCAUGUAUAUCCGACCUGCAGGUGGCCACUAAAGCUUUAGAAACUGGAGUAUUUGGAGCUUAUUUUAAUGUUCUUAUCAACCUUCGAGAGAUACAGGAUGAAGAGUUUAAAAGACAGACUCAACAGAAAAUUUCCCAACUGUUGGAGGAGGCAAAAAAUUCUGCACAAUUUAUGCUUCAAACCAGGGAUGAAGAUGAGAGCGAAUUAAAUAACACAGUGUAAUCUGCAGCCGCACAUAUGUGUGCACCCUCUGUACUCAUUUUGUGUGUAAAUAAACUUUAGCCAGCA